CUCUUUAUCAAUCAACCAUAGUGAUUUUUCUUGUGUUCUUUUGCUUACUUGCUCCGUCCCCCGUUGAAGACUUGAAGGAAGAAAAAUAAUACGAAACGAACGAGAGAGAGUUCAAUUUUGGUGAAAUCUAGGGUUUUGAAUAUCUGGCUCUGGAAGUCUUUUUCGAUUAUUUUUUAGAAAGUGACAAUUGAUACUGUUGGUGAAUGGCGACGCCAUUAACAGGGCUUCAGCACAUGGAUGGAGGUUUACCUCUAAUGGCUGGUCCUGUAAAUCCGGUCGAUCCUUCUGCCUCCAAGUCUUGCCUGAAGAGUUCCGCUCUAAAAUCUCCUAUUCUUAUCUUCCUGUUCUUUCAUAAAGCCAUCCGGUCCGAGCUCGAGGGGCUGCAUAGAGCUGCCUUAGCGUUUGCGACUGACCGGAACGGUGAUAUCCAGCAGUUGUUCGAGCGGUGUCAUUUUCUUCGGUUAAUCUACAAACACCACUGCAAUGCGGAGGAUGAGGUUAUCUUUCCAGCUCUUGAUAUACGUGUGAAAAAUGUAGCACGGACAUACUCCCUUGAGCACAAGGGAGAAAGUGAUCUCUUUGAUCAGUUGUUUGAGCUGUUGAAUUCAAAUAAACAAAAUGAUGAAAGCUCUCGCAGAGAGUUAGCUUCUUGCGCAGGAGCUCUUCAAACAUCACUUAGUCAGCACAUGUCCAAAGAAGAAGAGCAGGUCUUUCCCUUGCUUAUAGAGAAAUUCUCAUUUGACGAGCAGGCAUCAUUGGUUUGGCAGUUUUUAUGCAGCAUUCCUGUAGAUAUGAUGACAGAGUUCCUUCCCUGGUUAGCUUCAUCUAUUUCAUCUGAUGAACAUCAGGAUAUGCUUAAAUGCUUAUGCAAGAUAGUCCCAGCAGAAAAGCUUCUUCAGAAGGUUAUAUUCACAUGGACAGAAAGUAAAAGUAUACCUACCAUGAGUAAAACUGAGGAAGAUCAUAAACUCCAGUGUCAUGUAGAUUCUGAGGUUGACACAUCAUUCGAUCAAACUGAGAAUGUGCAAUGUGCAUGUGACCAUUUCAGAACUCGGAAAAGGAAAUAUGUGGAGUCAAAGUAUGAUAUAACUGAUUCCACUGGGGUACAUCCUAUAAAUGAAAUCCUGCACUGGCAUAGUGCUAUAAAAAGGGAGUUGACUGAUAUAACUGAGGAGGCUAGGAAGAUACAACUUUCUGGAGAUUUUUCUGAUUUAUCAGCAUUCAAUGAGAAGCUGCAGUUUAUUGCUGAAGUUUACAUCUUUCACAGCAUUGCUGAGGACAAGGUUAUAUUCCCUGCGGUAGAUAAAGAACUCUCUUUUGUGCAGGAGCAUGCUGAAGAAGAGAGUCAAUUUAAUAAAUUUAGAUGCCUGAUAGAAAGUAUACAAACUGCUGGAGCCAACUCUACUCCAGUUGCAUUUUAUGCAAAACUGUACUCACAUGCUGAUCUAAUAAUGGAAACCAUACAGAAGCACUUCCAUGAUGAGGAAGUCCAGGUUCUUCCACUUGCACGGAAGCAUUUUAGCCCCAAAAGACAACGUGAAUUACUGUAUCAGAGCUUAUGUGUGAUGCCUUUGAAAUUGGUGGAGCGUGUCUUGCCAUGGUUGGUGAGAUCACUAAGUGAUGAAGAAGCAAAGUCUUUUCUCCGAAACAUGCAUUUGGCAGCUCCAAAAUCUGAUGCUGCUCUGGUUACUCUUUUCUCUGGCUGGGCACUUAAGGGUCGUUCUCAGGAUGUAUGUCUCUCUUCUGGUUUAUGCUUUGCGGUGAAAAAGUUAAUUGAGAUUGGAGAUGAUGAUGGUCAAUCAUUCUGUGCAUGUGCCUCUCUAUUGUCUAAUAAGGAAAAACCAAUGCCAAUUAUAGCAAAUGAUGACAGAAGACCAAUUAAACGUGGCAACUUCUUGGAAUCUUGCAAAACUGGCAAUGUUACUGUCAAUACAUGUAAUCCAUCUUUCAGUGAUCAGCCUUGCUGUGUCCCUGGAUUAGGAGUUAAUAGUAAUAACCUUGGAAUAAGUUCACUUGCUGCAGCAAAGUCUUUGCGCUCCCUGUCUUUUAUUGCAUCCGCUCCUUCCUUCAAGUCCAGUCUUUUUAUAUGGGAAGCAGAUUUUAGCUCUUCUGACAUGGCUUGUCCAUCACGACCCAUUGAUAACAUAUUCAAAUUUCAUAAAGCUAUCAGAAAGGAUGUUGAGUAUUUAGAUGUUGAAUCUGGGAAGCUUAUUGGUUGUGAUCAGACAUUCCUUAGGCAAUUCAGUGGAAGAUUCCGUUUGUUACGGGGCUUGUACAAAGCUCAUAGCAAUGCUGAAGAUGAGAUUGUCUUUCCAGCAUUAGAAUCAAAAGAGACUCUUCAUAAUGUCAGCCACUCAUAUACCCUGGACCACAAGCAGGAAGAGAAGCUGUUUGCAGAUAUUUCAUCUUCUCUUUCUGAGCUUUCACAGCUUCAUGAGAAGCAGAUUAGUAUAUCUGAAGAUUCAACUAGAGAUGAUGUUGAUUCUUGCACUGACAGUUUUGAUUUUAAUAGGAAGUACAAUGAACUUGCUACAAAGCUUCAGGGCAUGUGCAAAUCUAUGAGAGUUACAUUGGAUCAACAUGUUUUUAGGGAAGAGCUUGAGUUAUGGCCAUUGUUUGACAUACAUUUUUCUGUGGAGGAGCAAGAAAAAAUUGUUGGCCGCAUAAUUGGGACUACUGGUGCAGAGGUGCUCCAAUCAAUGUUACCUUGGGUGACUUCUGUACUUACUCAGGAGGAACAGAACAAAAUGAUGGAUACGUGGAAGCAGGCAACCAAAAAUACAAUGUUCAGCGAAUGGCUUAGCGAAUGGUGGGAAGGGACUCCUGAAGCAUCUUCACCAGAUGCAAACCCAGAGAGUAGUAUUUCUCAUGAAGGAUCCAGUAUCCAAGAAAGCCUUGACCAGAGCGAUCAAAUGUUCAAGCCUGGAUGGAAGGAUAUUUUCCGGAUGAAUCAGAGUGAGCUUGAGGCAGAGAUAAGAAAGGUUUCUCGGGACUCGACCCUUGACCCAAGGAGGAAAGCAUAUCUUAUUCAAAAUCUUAUGACUAGUCGGUGGUUAGCUGCUCAACAGAAGUUACCUCAAGCAAGAACAGAGGAAACUAUGAAUGGUGAAGCAAUAAUUGUAUGGUCACCAUCAUUUCGAGAUUCAGAGAAACAAGUAUUUGGGUGUGAACACUACAAAAGAAACUGCAAACUUGUUGCUGCUUGCUGUGGGAAGUUAUUCACAUGUAGGUUCUGCCAUGAUAAAGUGAGCGAUCACUCAAUGGAUAGGAAAGCAACAACAGAAAUGAUGUGUAUGCGGUGCCUGAAGAUUCAAGCAGUGGGACCAAGUUGCACUACACCUUCCUGCAACGGAUUUUUGAUGGCAAAAUAUUAUUGCAACAUCUGCAAAUUUUUUGAUGAUGAAAGGACUGUGUACCAUUGCCCAUUUUGCAAUUUGUGCCGCCUUGGGAAGGGACUUGGUGUUGAUUUCUUCCAUUGCAUGACAUGCAAUUGUUGUAUGGGAAAGAAAUUAGUGGACCACAAGUGUCGGGAGAAAGGCCUGGAAACAAACUGCCCUAUCUGUUGCGACUUCUUAUUCACAUCAAGUGCGGCAGUCCGAGGUCUUCCUUGUGGCCAUUUCAUGCAUUCAGCUUGCUUUCAGGCGUACACCUGCAGUCACUAUACCUGCCCAAUAUGUAGCAAAUCCUUGGGAGAUAUGGCGGUCUACUUUGGCAUGCUCGAUGCUUUGCUGGCUGCUGAGGAACUUCCAGAAGAGUACAGGGAUCGGUGUCAGGACAUUCUUUGCAAUGACUGCGAUAAAAAGGGAAGUGCACGCUUCCACUGGUUGUACCACAAGUGUGGAUUUUGUGGAUCGUAUAACACCCGGGUGAUAAAGAGCGAUUCAGCAAAUUCCAAUUGUUCAACGUCAUGUUAGGGAAUAGGGAAGGAGCAUUUGAGCUUUCCGGGUUAGUUCAGGUUCAGGUGUGUAAAUAUUGUUCCUAGCGCCAGUUCCAUGCGGCUGAGUUUGUAAAGUUACAUUACACUAUUAUAGUCAAUUCAUUUUUGCCCCCAAUUUUUUUUUA